UAGUUGGUAAAGAAAAAUGGUGCUAGAAUUGCUAGACUUUCGUGUGUGAGUGAGUUCGUAAGUAGUGACAAGGGCUCCUAUGUUAGAAAAUAAUUUCACAAAUACAGAAUUAACCUGUACUGGCAUGCCAGUUGUUGGGUUUUUUUCCCAAUUUGUUCUACAACAGGUCUUGCAAACAGUAGUACUUUAAAUGUGGCUUGUAGCAAAUGUGUUCUUUUUAUCAUGGCCUCUUCCAAGUGCGUGUGUUUUCUAAGAAAUUCAUCCCAGACCAGUACUUACAUUCACACGACCUAGAAAGAGGCAUGAACAUCUGAAGCUAUCUUGUCAGUAAGUGAAAAACAUAGUGUGUGAUUUUAGGCCAUACUAGGUAUUGUACUUUUUGUCUUGGAAGGGAACUCAGAUGUUUUAUUUUCAAUGUUACUGAUGAUAACUUACCAGAGAAUUUGGGUCCCUUCCUAACAGGCAACAAUCUGGAAAAAUAAACAGUUAACCACUUCAGAAACCUCACUAUGUGUGCAUGAAUUAGAAAUGACAAGCGUUCGGAUUGCACUGAAGGCAUCAAAACCAAAUGGAAAAGCUCACCUGAGUGACAUCCUCAAAUGAGAACCAUGAGACUGAGGGCCAGCCCCUUUGUGCCAACCCUGGAUGGAAUUGUGUCUCAUGGAACAAAUCCUGAAGAGUUGCAGAGAACAUGCAGCAGGUGUGUCUGAACCUUCCUUCAUUGCUAAAAGUGAAGAUCGUUUGUUUAAGCAUCUCUUUGAAGACUACCAGCGAUGGGUUCGGCCAGUGGAGCGCCUGAAUGACACCAUCAAAAUAAAGUUUGGCCUUGCAAUCUCUCAGCUAGUAGAUGUGGAUGAGAAAAAUCAACUGAUGACAACAAAUGUCUGGUUGAAACAGGAGUGGAUAGAUGUGAAAUUAAGGUGGAAUCCUGAAGACUAUGCUGGAAUAACAUCGAUUCGUGUCCCAUCAGAUUCUAUUUGGAUUCCAGAUAUCGUGCUGUAUGACAAUGCAGAUGGACGUUUUGAGGGAACGUCUACCAAAACUGUGGUAAAAUAUGAUGGCACCAUUGCUUGGACUCCACCAGCAAACUACAAAAGUUCUUGUACCAUUGAUGUAACCUUCUUCCCCUUUGACCUCCAGAACUGCUCUAUGAAAUUUGGUUCCUGGACUUAUGAUGGCUCACAGGUUGAUUUAAUUCUUGAAGACUACGAUGUUGACAAAAGAGACUUUUUUGAUAAUGGAGAAUGGGAGAUAGUGACUGCAACAGGAAGCAAAGGAAAUAGGACUGAUGGCUGCUGCUGGUAUCCUUUUGUUACAUAUUCCUUUAUAAUUAGACGUUUGCCACUGUUUUACACAUUGUUUCUCAUUAUCCCUUGCAUUGGGCUUUCAUUUCUAACUGUUCUUGUCUUCUAUCUUCCUUCAAAUGAAGGUGAAAAAAUUUCACUUUGCACUUCAGUACUGGUAUCUUUGACCGUUUUUCUUCUUGUUAUAGAAGAGAUCAUUCCAUCCUCUUCUAAAGUUAUCCCACUUAUAGGAGAGUACCUGGUGUUUACUAUGAUAUUUGUGACAUUGUCCAUCGUAAUAACUGUCUUUGCUAUCAAUAUUCAUCAUCGCUCUUCAUCUACACACAAUGCUAUGGCACCUUGGGUUCGCAAGAUAUUUCUUCACAAACUGCCCAAGCUGCUUUGCAUGAGGAGUCAUGUAGAUAGAUACUUUGCUCAGAAGGAGGAAACAGGAAGUAUGAAUGGACCAGAAUCGUCAAGGAACACCUUGAAAGCAGCUCUGGAUUCUAUUCGCUAUAUUACAAGACAUGUUAUGAAGGAGAAUGAAGUUCGUGAGGUGGUUGAAGAUUGGAAAUUUAUUGCUCAGGUGCUUGAUCGAAUGUUCUUAUGGGCUUUUCUUCUGGUUUCAGUAAUUGGAUCACUUCUGUUAUUUAUUCCUGUUAUUCAUAAAUGGGCAAGUAUAAUAGUACCUACACAUAUAGGCAGUACAAAUGCAUAAAGGACUUGUAGGUCUGUCUUCUGCUAAUGUAGCUUUAGAGAGUUGUGCAGUAGCUCUGUUUCCACACACGUUCUUAGCAGGCAUGUUUCUGAUAGAGUACAAAAACACCCAAACCCAGAAAUUUAUAUUAGAGCAUGGCAUCCCUAGGAUAUGCAGAAGUCAGUUUGCUUGUUGCCAGUCUACUGAGCUUUUUCUAAAUUAGGUCACAAUUAAAAGGACCUUCUAAACAC